AUGGUCCCAUACAUCGAUGGGAAUGCAAACUGUUCCCAUCACAUUGGUGACAGUUCACCGAUAGCAUCGGAUCAGCCUCGCACUAUGGCAUGGAUGCCGCAGUCCGACGCGUCCGAGAUCCCUCCUCGCCCACCAUUAAAUUCGCAGCAAUCGAGCUCCCUCCCAUCGACCCCGUAUCAACAUGCGCGCAACCUCUCGUUCCACUCCCGGACGCCGUCCCCCGCCCGCGGAAGCACCUCACCCCGUUCGACGCACUCCGAAUCCACACAUCUACCUCCCUCGACUCGAAACCCGGCGCCCGUUUGUAAAUAUGAGACGGCGAUGGCUUAUUUUCGAAGACGAAUACCGUACAGCAUGGGGUCCGACAUAUUGCCGGAGGAGAAGGAGGCAUUGAAAGAAAAACUUACACCCGAGGAGGAGAAGAAAUUGACGAACGACAUUGAGGAACUCUACGAGCGACUAUUACCUUCGGCGGAAAGCGACGACCGACGGCGGCAACUAGUCGCUAAACUGGAGAAGCUUUUUAACGAACAAUGGCCUGGGCACGAGAUCAAAGCAAAGGUCUUUGGAUCCUCGGGGAAUAAGCUAUGCUCUAGCGACUCGGACGUGGACAUUUGUAUCACGACCGAUUACAAGGCGCUCGAGCAUGUGUGUCUGCUAGCAGACGUUCUGGCGAAGCAUGGGAUGGAACGAGUCGUCUGUGUUUCUCAUGCCAAGGUUCCUAUUGUGAAAAUUUGGGACCCCGAGCUGAGAUUGGCAUGCGACAUGAACGUGAACAAUACCCUUGCGCUAGAAAACACUCGUAUGAUUCGGACAUAUGUCGACUGCGAUCGGCGGGUGCGGGUCUUAGCGAUGGUCGUCAAACAUUGGACGAAACGACGGAUUCUCAAUGAUGCAGCUCUCGGAAGCACCUUGAGUUCUUACACCUGGAUCUGUCUGAUCAUCAACUUUUUGCAAACAAGGAAACCGCCUAUUGUCCCCAGUCUGCAAGCUCGCCCCCAUGAGAAGAAGGCUACCCCGGACGGGGUGGUCUACUCGUUUGAUGAUGACCUCGACACGCUGCAGCAAUUUGGUAAAAAAAAUACUGAGACUUCGGGUCAACUGUUGUUCGCAUUCUUCCGCUACUACGGUCAUGAGUUGGAUUACGAGAAAAAUGUUAUUUCGGUACGCGAGGGUGGGUUAGUUUCCAAGGAUGUCAAAGGCUGGACCUUCUCGUUGAACAAUCGGCUUUGUGUGGAGGAGCCCUUCAACACAUCGAGGAACUUGGGAAACACGGCAGAUGAUACGUCAUUCCGAGGCUUGCAUCUCGAGUUGCGGAGAGCCUUCGGGUACAUUGCAAAGGGUGAUUUGGCUGGUUGCUGUGAACAAUUCGAGUUUCCACCGGAGGAAGAGCGAACAUGGGAACGACCACCGCCACAACCACGACCGACCCUCACACCCGUUGCACCCACACGCGGUGGCCGCGGCGGUGGACGGGGAGGCAGGUUCCAGAAUCAAUUUUCUCGAGGUGGAUUUGCCGGCGGCCGUCGGACAUCCAACACGGGCAGGGUCAACUCCUCCCGUCAGCAGAAUAUGAAUGGUAACAAUCCGCCUGACUUGUCUCUACAUGCUCAGCAGCAAGCACAGUUCCUCUUGCAUGAUCAGCUAUAUCAACAAAUCCAGCUCCUUCAAGCGCAGGAACAGGAGCUAAGGAUGCAGCUGCAUAAUCAAGCAAUGAUUACUGGGCGACCACCGCCGGUAUUCCUCCGUCAGCCCUUCAUCCAAUUUCCUAUGCCUCAGCAACAGGAAUAUUCAGCAGAUGAAAACUCGCGUUCAAGGUCUGAGACUGUCAAUCAGCCACCACUUACUCCUUUGACACCAACGGCUCAAAGGCUGUCCUUUGUCAAUCCAACAUACGCCUCAGUGAGUGCUGCGGGCACACAAGGCGCCGUGACUAACCCAUCGUCGCCUUCUGCCUCCUCCGCUGUGCCCGACCUUCGUCGCAACCCUCGGCGGUCUUCUGUUGCCGCAAAUGGAUCACCGAGCGGGUCAUUUAGGGCGCAGUCUCAGCCUGCGCGGCCACAGAAUUCACCCCUCCAGAAUUUUGUACCCCUUUACGCAGUCCCACAACCUCUGGAUACUUCAUUCGGUUUAAAGGGACGACCAGCUCCCGAGCCAUCAGAAGGUGGAGACGGCAGUGGGGAUGAGAGCGCAAUGCCUUCGAAUAGUCUUCCCAGCAACGGGUCUCGCUCGGACUCUGUGGACGAAGGUCGAACUCAGGAAUUGAUGGGCUAUUACCUAACCCCUCAACAGCUGCAGCUCUAUCAGCAGAAUGCAAUGCUAUCACCUAUGGGGCUUGCCCUUCAAAAUGGCUACACACAAUUCCUGCCAGCUCAGCCGGAUUAUCGGUCGGGGCACUCGUCAGAUGGACAAAUUGCCCGGGCUGACCAGUCGCCCAUACCAGCUUCGCUGGGAUCAUCGUCGCAGCCGAAACGCUCGUCUUCUUCGCGGCCUGCAGCUUCUUCCGGGCCUUUGAUUGUGGAUGGUUCGGUGCCUCCGACUCCCAGUGCACCAAGUGAACACCGCCCUUCGUAUGCGUCUGACCUGGUUGAUCCUUACUCCGCCGUUACUCAAUAUACGUCAACAUCGGAUGAUCAUACCAUCAACACGCCCGCUAGCUUCUCUGAUUCCUUGUCGCAAGACUUCCAAGAUCCGGGUCCUUUUGACAUGGAUCAGACUCCAGUUUUUACCCGGCCUCUCGAGUCCCAGAAAUCGAACAGUACCAACGGCGAGUCACUGAAAGGGAACGCAAAUGGUCAGCCGGAGCUCCUGGCAAGCCGACUGCAGAAUUUUCAUCUGUCGAAUGCUGAAAAGCUUGCUCGGUCUCAUUCUACCAAGUCCAACUCCGAACGACCCAAGAAUAGCGCCCAUUCCGGGAAGGAAAACCCUCAUUCCAAGAACUCAACGUCUAACGAUAAGACCACGGGCUCGCACCAAGUGAACGAGACUCGUCCGCAAAGGUCGUCCUCGAAGCGGAAGACCAACGGAGCAGACUCUUCAGAGAAAUCAAACGGAGUGAAUCAAGGUCACAAACCCAAGCAGAGAGGCCGGCACGACGCAUCACAAAAUGGCACAUCCCACGGGGAUAUUAAGGACCACCUGCCUCGCAAAGGCGGUGUCAAUGGCACGCCCGAGACCAGUCACGGGUGGCAGACAACGAAGAAGAAGAACCGACGGAGCGGCAAACCGUCUGCAGAAUCUCGUAACGGGACAAACGGUCCCGAACCUCUUUCUGUGGACGAAGCACUGCGUAAAGGCGGUUGA